AUGAAUGAGAGUGCUAAUGAACGAAGUUCAAUUUCAAGUGAUAUUGGUGAAGUUGAAAUUCUUAAUGAUGAUAUGGAAUUGGAAGAUCAACGUUUUCGUUUUAUUAUUACUUAUCUCAAUAUUGUUUAUGGUACAACACCAAUUGCAUUUAAAAAAGCUAUUAUAAAUAAUGAAGUAAAUCGUAAAGUUAUUGAAUCAUUUUUUGAUAAACCUGAUCGUAAUAUAAUUCUUAUAUUUGAAAAUUCUGAUGCAUUAAAUAUUUUAACUGAAUUUCCAAUUCCAUUGAAAUCGAAAAUAAUUUGCUUUGUUAAACGAAAUGAAAGUAUUAUUGAAAAAGAUAUUCCAUUAAAAAAACAAAUAGCUAUUGCAGAAUUUACAUCGUCAUCAAUUACACAAUUAAGUUUAUUUAUAUCUGAAAUUCUUUGGCCAAUAAUACAACGAAGAAAAACACUAUUCGAUUGGCCUGAUAUUGUGCUUCGUAGUUGUAUAGAAAAUAUAUCUGAAUUAACAAAUUUAUUGACAAUAAUCAAUGGAAUACUUCGAGGUCAAACAAUCUUAUCAAUACCACAUGAAAUUGAAUUUUUAUCAAAAUCAGAUUAUCUUCGUGUACUUAGUCAUAAUAAAACAUUUGAUGGUCGAAAAAUUCGUUUAUUAGAAAAUCUUAUAAUCAGUUGGAAAAAUCAAAUUCAAAAAGUAAUUAAUUAUGAUCAUGAUCCACCGAACAAUAAAUAUUAUACAUUACCAAAUGUGGAAAUUGAGUUCUGGACAAAUCGAGCAGAAAAUUUGCAAGGAAUUAAAACACAAAUGCAUUCACCAUUAGUUCGACGUCUUGCUGAAGUUCUUGAAAUUUCUAGUUCAAAUUAUUUUUCAAGAUUUCGUACUAUGUUUCGUGAUGUUAUUCAAUCAUUAGCUGAAGCACAAAACAUUGCUUUAUAUUUAAAAGCACUUGUACCUAUUCUUGAAAUAAUUGAAAAAGUUCAAGAUAUUAAAUCAAUAUCAUUAUAUUUUGAUCGAUUAUUUCAUACAUUAGCUUUAGUUUGGGCUAAUUCAGUUUAUUAUACAAAUAUAGGUCGAUUUAUUGGAUUUUUACAACAAUGGACAAAUCUGAUUAUUUUAAAAAUUCGUGAUUUGCUUCAACCAAAUGAUUUAUUUGUUGAUACAGAUUUUGAUGAACCUAUUCAAUUGAUUAAUUUAGCACUUGAAAUAUGUCUUCUCUAUAAAAAAUCUUAUCAACGUCGCAAGGAAUUAUUACCAUCAUACUUUAAUGAUGAUCGUCAAGCACUUUAUUGGGAAAUACCAGAGUCAAAAAUCUUUGAACGAUUUGAUCAUUUUGUUGAUCGUCUUAAAAUGCUUAAAGAUAUUCUAUUAACUGCACAAGAAUGUUCUAUAUAUGAAUCAAUUGAAUUAGGUGGUAUUGAUGCUGAUGAAUUACAGAAUAUUUUACAAAAAGUUAUUGGAGAUUUUAAAUCAACAUACGCUGUAUUUCGUGGUCUAUCGGAUGAUAUAACAAAUGAAUCUAAUCUUGAUUUUCCUAAUGCUUAUAAAACAUUUCGUAAAAUUGUUUUUACUGGUGAUGAACGUAUUGCUAAUAUUCUACAUCGUUUUCUUCAUCCUUGUUCUAAUCAUAUUAAAACAACUAAUAUUGAUAAUAUUUAUCGACUACUUCAUAUUUUUGGAUCAACUUUACAAAGAAAUCGACUUAAACAUGUUAUUGAUGAAUAUGCAAAUACUCUUUUGAAUAUAAUUGAAAAUGCAUUGAAUGAAGAUCAGAUAUUAUUUGAUGAAUAUAUUAAAGAUUCAAGUUCAGUAUGGUUAUUAUCUAUGCCAAAAUUAAUUUCUCAUUAUCGAUGGAUUGAACAAUUACGUCAACGUAUUCAUAAUCACAUAGAACCAUUAAAAACAAUCGAUAUCAAUAUUAAAGAUAAUGAUGUUUAUAAACGAAUACUUGAACAAGAAAAAAAUAUUCUAAUAAAACUUGACAAUUUUAUUGAAAAUAUAAAUCAACAAUGGAUUAAUUUAUUUCAAAAAGAAAAUUUGUUACAUUUAAAUGAACCACUUCUUAGAAAAGAAAAGGAAUAUUAUAUCGUUAAUAUCAAAUCAGAACUUGCUGCAGCUUUACAUGAAGUUAUGCGUCUUUAUCAGAUACCAAAUUUAAUUCUUUCACCAGAAAUUGAAGAAUUCUAUCAACAAAUAGAUCGAUUUCAACAACAAUUUAUCGAUCUUGAGAUUGCACUAACAGGUUUCUAUUUAGAUUAUAUUACGAAGUCCUAUCGUCAUAUAUAUGACAAUGUUCUUAUUAUUGAAUAUCCAUUAAUUCAUGAAGAAUUAACAACUAUUGAAAAUGAUCUUGAAAAAGCAAGUACAGUGGUUACAUUCAAUAUCGAUAUAGAUUCAACUGAUUUUAUUCGUCGUCUUCGAACAACAAUUAGUGAUUUUGAAGCACGUUUUUUCAAAAGCAAAUCAAAUCUAGAUGAUAUGCAAAAAAUUCUAAAACAUUUUCUUAAAAUGGCAUUAUUUUCACGUGGUGAAACUCGACAAGAUCCAUUGCUUAUUGUUUAUGAAAAAGAAGAUAGAGUAAUAAAGAGAAAUAAUGAAUUAAGAGAUGCUGGUUUGCGUUUACAAGAUAUUCUUAAACAAAAUAAAUGGUUAUUAAAAGCUGAUGCUGAUUCAGAUAUUUGGAAAGCAUAUGUUGAUUAUGUGGAUGAAAUCGUUAUAGAAUCACUUUAUGAAAUUAUUGAAUAUAAUCUUAAUUAUCUACUUGAAGAAUCUGAUCCAACACUUAACAAACGUCCAUUAUUUGAAGUUCAACUUAUAUUAGAUGUAAUCAUUUUUGAAAAUUUAAUUAUUGAAAAAUUUAAUUUUGUUUUCCCUAAGGAUCUUGAUUUACGUUUUAAUCCAACUCUUGAAUUUGGUAGUGCUAACGGUCUUUAUGAUAUAGUUGAUACAUUAAUAGGUAAUAUUUUUCGACAAGCUGCUAUGCUUCCUCGUCUUGCUGAACAUUCUGGACAAAAACAUUAUCAAAAUGACCUUGAAGAAAUGAAAGAAUUAAAUGAUCGUCGAUUAAAAAUUAUGGAACGAUUACGUGAUACAAUGAAAGAAGCUAAUGAUUGGAAAGAAGAAGUUGAAGAUUAUUCUUAUUUAUGGCUUGAUGAUAGAAAAGAACAUAUGAGACAAUUUCUUCUCUAUGGUCGUUCACUUGAAGAUUAUGAACUAGAAAAUCGUGAACAUAUUAAAGAAACACCACCAAGUUUAAUACAAUUUCAAAAUCAAAUCGAUUUAUUUCAAUCAAUAUAUAAUGAUAUUGAUAGUUGGGAUCAAACUUUUCUAUUUAAUAGUUGGUUAAGAGUUGAUGCUCGACCUAUUAAACGACAAUUACUUACACUUGUUAAUAAAUGGAUUAAUUUAUAUAAAAAUUAUUUAAUUGAUCAUGUUACUGUUUCAUUAAAUGAAUUAGAAUUAUUUAUAAAACAUGCAACAGAUAUGUUAGAACGUCAAGUUAAAUCUGACGAUUUAAAAGGUUUAAUUGAUAUGAUGACAUUUUUAAGUCAAGUACGUGCUCGACAAGAAUAUACAGAUGAUAUGGCUGAACCAAUUAAAGAUAUAAUUGAAUUACUUAAAUCAUAUGCAUACGAAGUACCACAAUCAAUUUAUGCAAUGCUUGAUGAAUUACCUGAAAAAUGGAUUGUUAUUAAAAAAAUGGCUAUAAAAAUGAAACAACAUAUAGCACCAUUACAAGCAAAUCAAAUUAUCAAUAUUCGUAAUCAAAUUAUUGAUAUGGAAAAGAAACAACAAGAACUUAGAGACAGAUUUUUAAGAGAUGCACCAUUUAAAUAUGAUACAAAAGAACCUUAUGUUGAACUUGACAAUUGGGCAUCACAAUUACGUAAAUUCGAUCAAGAAGUUCAACAAUUAACUGAUCUUGCUAGUAUAUUUGAUAUCAAUAUUCCUGAAUAUAAAACUGUAAAAUUAUGUCGUAAAGAAAUGCGUCCAUUAAAACAAUUAUGGGAUUUAAUUUAUUUAAUACGUUCACGUAUUGAUGAAUGGACAAAAACUCCAUGGAAACAAGUGAAUAUUGAAUUAAUUGAUCAAGAAUUACGACAAACAUAUUUAAAUAAAGAAUUACGUUUACUUGCUAAAGAAUGUAAUCAAUGGAAUGCUUAUCAUGGAAUUGAAAAAGAUGUUAAAAAUCUUGUUGCAUCAUUACGUUCCGUUGGAGAAUUUCGUAAUAAUGCCAUAAGAUCACGUCAUUGGGAAGAACUAAUGAAAGAAACAGGUGUUCAAAUUCAUAUGACAAAUGAAACUAGUCUACAAGAUUUACUUGUUCUUAAUUUACAUAAAUAUGAAGAAGAGGUUAAAAAUAUUGUUGAUAAAGCAGAUAAAGAACAAGGAAUGGAAAAAAUUUUACAUGAUCUUGAAAAUACUUGGUCAAAUAUGAAUUUUCAUAUUGAAAAACAUCCACGAACAAAUGUAACAUUUGUUUCAAUUGAUGAUGAUAUACUUGUUGCAUUAGAUGAACAUCAAACACAAUUACAAACAUUACUUUCAUCAAAAUUUAUUUCACAUUUUAUUGAUAAUGUUAUUGCAUGGAAAAGUCAAAUGUCAACAGCUGAUAUGGUUAUACAAUUAUUAACUGAUGUACAACGUACAUGGUCGAAUUUAGAAGCAAUUUUUAUUGGCACUGAUGAUAUUCGAAUACAAUUACCAGAAGAAACAGAAGCUUUUCAUAGAAUCGAUAAAGAAUUUAAAAUAAUAGCAAAAGAAAAUGAAACUGAUUUAAAUUUUAUUCGUUGUACAAAUCGUCCGGGUCUGUAUGAUCGAUUGGAAAAAAUGAAAGAUAAUUUACAAAUAUGUCAAAAAGCAUUAGAAGAUUAUUUAGAAAUCAAAAGACUUGCAUUUCCACGAUUUUUCUUUGUAUCUGGUUCGGAAUUACUUGAAUUUUUAUCUAAUGGAAAUGAACCAGAAAAAGUUAUGCGAUUAUUAAAAAAAGUAUUUGAUAGUUUAAAUAAAUUAGAUUUACGUGAAGAUACAAACGGUAAUAAACUUAAAAUGGCAUAUGCUAUGUAUUCGGAUGAUGGUGAACAUGUGAAAUUUUUUAAUGAUUGCAAUCUUGAGGGAGCAGUAGAAAUUUGGUUAUUACGUUUAUUAGAUUUUCAUUGUGAAACAAUCAGAAAUUGGCUUAGAGUAGCUGUAACUACUUAUGAAGAUAAACCUCGAGAAGAAUGGAUAUUUGAUUAUCCAGCUCAAAUAAUUCUUACUGCGAGUCAAAUAUGGUGGACAACAGAUGUUAAUGGAACAUUUGCUAGAAUGGAAGAAGGCUUUUCAAAUGCAUUACGUGAAUACAAUAAAAAACAAAUAUUGCAACUUAAUUCACUUAUUAAUUUAUUAUUGAGUUAUUUAAAUGACCAAGAUCGUGAAAAAAUAACAACACUUUGUCUUAUUGAUCUUCAUGCACGUGAUGUUAUUUCAAAAAUGCUUAAUCUUAAAAUUGAAAAUAGUAAUGAAUUUACUUGGCAAUCACAAUUAAGACAUAGAUGGGAUUCAAAAGAUAAUAAUUGUUAUGCAAACAUAUGUGACGCUAGAUUUAAAUAUCAAUAUGAGUGUUAUAUAACGUUAACACAAUCAUUGCAUUUAUAUGUUGGUGGAGCUCCAGCUGGUCCGGCUGGAACUGGAAAAACUGAAACAACGAAAGAUCUUGGUCGAUCAUUAGGUGUUUGUGUUUUUGUUACAAAUUGUUCAGAACAAAUUGAUUAUAAAUCUAUUGGUAAUACAUUUAAAGGAUUAGCAAUGAGUGGUUGUUGGGGAUGUUUUGAUGAAUUUAAUCGUAUAUCAAUCGCAGUUUUAUCUGUUGUUGCAGUUCAAGUUAAACUUAUUUUUGAUGCAUUAAGAGCUAAACGUAAACUAUUUAAUUUUAUGAAUACAGAAAUAAAACUUCAUCCGUCUGUUGGAAUUUUUAUAACAAUGAAUCCUGGUUAUGCUGGACGAACAGAAUUGCCAGAAAAUUUAAAAGCAUUGUUUCGGCCAUGUGCAAUGGUUGUACCAGAUUUUGAAUUAAUUGCUGAAUUAAAUCUUGUAUCAGCUGGAUUUACAGAUGCACGAUUAUUAAGUAGAAAAUUUGUUACAUUAUAUACAUUAUGUCAUAAUUUAUUAUCAAAACAAGAACAUUACGAUUGGGGAUUACGUGCAAUUAAAUCAGUACUUGUUGUAGCAGGAACAUUAAGACGGUCGGAUCCUAAUAUGAGUGAAGAUAAAGUACUUAUGAGAGCAUUACGUGAUUUUAACAUACCAAAAAUAACUAUUGAAGAUAUGCCAGUUUUUCUUAAUCUUAUUGGAGAUCUAUUUCCAGCAUUAGAUGUUGAACGGAAAAGAGAUCAAGAUUUUGAAAAUAAAGUUCGAACUGCUGCUAGUGAUCUUCAUUUGCAAGCUGAAGAAGCAAGUCCAACUGUACAAAAUAAUUUUGUACUUAAAGUUGUUCAAUUAAAAGAAAUAUUUGAUGUACGACAUUCAGUAUUUAUUAUUGGAAAUGCUGGAACAGGUAAAACACAAAUAUGGAAAACAUUAUACAAAACUUAUCAAAAUAUAAAACGUCGACCACAUGCUAUUGAUCGUAAAAUCAUUUUAAAAGUAGAAUUAAAAUAUAUAUUUUAUUUAUUUUUUGUCUUUUCAGUUGAUCCAAAAGCUGUUACUAAUGAUGAAUUAUUUGGUUAUAUGCAUCGACAAACUCACGAAUGGAAGGACGGUCUAUUUUCAACUAUUAUGCGAGAUUUAGCUAAUAUGACAUCAGAUUCACCAAAAUGGAUUGUCCUUGAUGGUGAUAUUGAUCCAAUGUGGAUUGAAUCACUAAAUACAGUUAUGGAUGAUAAUAAAGUCCUUACAUUAGCUAGUAACGAACGGAUUCCACUUAAUGAAACAAUGCGUUUAUUAUUUGAAAUAAGUCAUUUAAAAACAGCUACACCAGCAACAGUAUCUCGUGCAGGAAUUUUAUAUGUAUCAACAAAUGAUAUUGGAUAUUCACCUGUUUAUGUUAGUUGGGUUGAACAACGUGAAUCAACUAGUGAACGUAAUCAAUUAUUAUUAUUAUUUGAUAAAUAUAUACCACGUUGUUUGGAAUUACUUAAAAGUGGACGUGUAAAAACAAUUACACCAUUAGUUGAUGUUUGUCAUGUACAAAUGCUAUGCAAUAUUCUUGAUUGUUUAUUAACACCACAAAAUUUACCAGCAGAUUGUCCAAAAGAAUGGUGGGAAUUAUAUUUUGUUUGGGCAACUAUAUGGGCUAUUGGUGGUUCACUUUUUCAAGAUCAAAUGAUUGAUUAUCGAAUUGAAUUUUCUAAAUGGUUUAUUCAUGAAUUUAAAAGUAUUAAGUUCCCACCUCAUGGAACUGUAUUUGAUUAUUCAAUUGAACCACAAUCAAAACGAUUUGAACCAUGGUCAAAACUUGUUGAUGAAAUUAAUUUUGAUCCUGAUUUACCAGUUCAAUCACAAUUAAUACCUACGAAUGAAACAGUUCGUUUAUCAUUUUGGCUUGAAGCACUUAUAAAAAAAGGUGUUUCAGUUAUGUUUGUUGGUUCAGCUGGUACGGGUAAAAGUGUUAUAAUUAAAAAUCGUUUGGAAAAAUUUAAUUCACAAAAUUUUAUGAUUUCCACAAUUCCACUCAAUUAUUAUACAACAAGUGAAAUGUUACAAAAUUCAUUUGAAAAACCUUUAGAAAAAAAAGCUGGCCGAACAUAUGGAGCACCAGGAAAUCGACAAUUGAUUUAUUUUAUUGAUGAUUUCAAUAUGCCUGAACGUGAUAAAUAUUUUACUGUUCAAGCCCAUACCAUUGUUCGUGAAUAUCUGGAUUAUCAACAUUGGUAUGAUCGACAAAAAUUCACACUUAAAGAAAUUCGAAAUUGUCAAUUUGUUGUUGCAAUGAAUCAAAAUGCAGGAACAUUUAAUAUUGAUGCUCGUCUUCAACGACAUUUUGCAACAUUUGCUGUUCCUUUAUCAAAUAAAAAUACUCUCCAUGCAAUUUAUUCGAAAAUGCUUGAAAUGAAAUUUUCAAAUAUUAAUAAAAUUGAUUUAAAAACACAGACAAGUUUUUUAAAUCAAUUUAUUACAGUUGUUAUACAAUUUCAUCAACGUGUUUCAAGUGUAUUUUUACCCACAGCAAUUAAAUUUCAUUAUUUUUUUAACUUACGUGAUUUAUCAAAUAUUGUUCAGGGAAUGUUAUUAGCUUCAUCAAAACAUAUUUUAAAUUCACAAGAUUUGAUACGUUUAUAUAUGCAUGAAGCUGAAAGAACAUAUUCAGAUAAACUUAUUAAUCAAGAUGAUAUUGAUUUAUUUAAUAAAAUUUUACGUGAAACGAUACGAAAAAGUUUUGAAUUUGUCAAUGAUGAAACAUUUAUUCGACCACUUAUUUAUUCACAUUUCUCUGGUGGAAUGAGUGAUGGACAAUAUACAGCUAUAUCAUCAAUGGAUAAAUUACAACAUGUAAUUGAAGAUGCAUUAGCAUCAUAUAAUGAAACAAAUCCUUCGAUGAAUUUAGUAUUAUUUGAAGAUGCUCUUAUUCAUGUUGCACGUAUUAAUCGUAUACUUGAAUCACCGCGAGGUAUGAUAUAG